UUUCUAAUCUUGUGCCCUAUUGCAGGUCUGCAGAAAAAAGGAAAUAUUGCAAGAUUGAUAGAAAGGCAAAACAAAGUCCAUCUAUGGCCGGAAGAACUGGAGAGAAGGAUGAUUGGUGGGUAUCUAUUCCUAAGAUUGAACUCCAUGCCCACCUUAACGGUUCAAUCAGAGACUCCACUCUUCUAGAGUUGGCUAAAAGUUUGGGGGAGAAGGGUUCAAUCGUUUUCGCGGAUGUUGAGCACGCUAUCUUGAAAGAUGAUCGCACGCUCACAGAAGUUUUCAAGUUGUUUGAAUUGAUCCACAUUGUUACCACUGACCAUAAUAUUCUGACCAGAAUAACCAAAGAAGUUGUGGAAGAUUUUGCUGCUGAAAAUGUUGUUUAUUUGGAAUUAAGAACAACGCCAAAGAAGAACGCCUCAAUAGGGAUGAGUAAGCCAUCCUACAUGGAAGGAGUGAUAGAGGGCUUAAGGGCUGUCAAUGCAGUAGAAGUUGCUCUUGCUCCUCACUGUUUGGGAAAAAAGGGAAAACCUUUUAAUUCGGGUUGUGUUUGUGGAACUCCAAGAAAGAGGAUAUACAUUGGACUCUUACUUAGUAUUGACCGACGUGAGACUACUGCUUCGGCAAUGGAAACUGUGGAGCUUGCACUUCAGAUGAGAGAUAUGGGGGUAGUGGGCAUUGAUCUUUCAGGAAACCCUACUGUUGGAGAAUGGUGCACUUUUUUACCCGCCUUAGAUUUUGCCCGGAAGAAUGGCCUCCGUAUCACUCUUCACUGUGGUGAGGUACCUAAUUUAGAUGAGAUCCAGGCAAUGCUAGACUUUGUACCUGAGAGAAUUGGACAUGCUUGUUGCUUUGGAGAAGAAGAAUGGAAGAAAUUGUUAGAACUCAAGAUUCCUGUGGAGAUUUGCUUGACAUCCAACAUUCGGACCGAAACUAUCUCUUCCAUAGAUGUUCAUCAUUUCGUUGAUUUGUAUAAAGCAGAGCAUCCUAUAAUCCUCUGUACCGAUGACGCCGGAGUAUUUUCUACCUCAUUGUCUUCUGAAUAUAUUCUGGCAGCCUCUACAUUUGGGCUCGGAAAGCAGAAAAUGUUGCAAUUGGCAGAGAAAGCUAUCGAAUUUACAUUUGCCGAUGAAGAGGUGAAGGAAGAGCUACGCCAGAUAUUUGAUUCUGCAGCUAGGACCGCCAGAAGAGAUGAUCUGAUGAGAAAGGAGGAGGAAUAAGUGUUUUAGGAACAAAUGUUCUUUUUUAGUUUCAAUCUUUUAUGUGCUAAUAGUGCGAAAUAAUCUCUCUUGUGAGUGAUUUGUGUGAGAUCUCAUUACUCUCAAAUCAACUGUGAAGAAGUAAACUGUAUCUGUAACUGGCUUAGCUCAUUGAAGAAUUGGUGAUCCAAUAAACUGAUUUUAAUUGCCUGCUCA